GCCCUGCUCUCUACCGCCUUUUUUUCUCUCAUGGCAACCUUAUGGGAACCACACCCUUAAGAAAAUUCUAAAAUGGAUUAAUUCAAAUUUCCAAAAAUUGGAAUGUUUCUGUUUUUUCAAACAGGCCCUAAAAUAAUGUUAUACAGAUGACCUUUGGAUAAGAACAAAAGCCAGCUUGCUUUCGGAAACUCAACGGUUGGAUUUUCCAAAUUUGAAGUCUAUCAUCUUAAUUGAUUCUCUUUCCACCAUUAUCGGACCGCUUUCUCCAAUCUGAUAAACACGAUCUAUCUCUACAUAUCCUGCUUUCCUGGUUUGUCUUGUAAAAUCUUCUCAUUUAUAUCUUUCUCUAAUAAACAUUUGACCUUAAAUUUGCAGAAAUCAGCGCAAAUUUGAGCGUGGAGAAAGCUUUAGUCUCAGUUAACAAUGGCGUUCCCUCUUCCUCAUGAUGCUCUUUUUCUCGGCUUCGAUAGUUCAACUCAGUCACUCAAGGCAACUGUUCUAGAUGCCGACCUCCACAUAGUUUCAUCAGAGACUGUCCAUUUUGACUCUGAAUUGGCCCAUUACAAGACCAGAGAUGGUGUUUACCGUGAUCCUUCCAUUAAUGGAAGAAUUGUUUCUCCCACUAUAAUGUGGGUCGAAGCUCUCGACCUUCUUCUCAGUAAGCUUUCUUCAUCAAAAUUAGACUUUGGAAAAGUGGUUGCAAUUUCGGGCAGUGGGCAACAACAUGGGAGUGUUUAUUGGAAAAAAAAUUCGCUGCAAUUGCUUCAGUCUUUGAACCCAAAGGACGCUCUCUCAUCUCAACUGAAGGAUGCUUUUUCCACAAACGAAUCACCAAUUUGGAUGGAUAGUACCACCACCGUCCAGUGUAGAGAGAUAGAGGAGGCAGUUGGGGGUGCAAUGGAGCUGUCUAAGCUCACUGGGUCAAGGGCUUAUGAGAGGUUUACUGGCCCUCAGAUUCGAAGGUUAUAUCAAACACAACCUGAAGUGUAUGAGAAAACAGAGAGAAUCUCUCUUGUUAGCUCAUUCAUGGCUUCACUGCUCAUUGGUGGUUAUGCAAGUAUUGAUGAAACUGAUGGGUCAGGGAUGAAUUUGAUGGAUAUUGAGCAUAGGGUUUGGGCUAAGGCUGCCUUGGAGGCCACAGCCCCUGGACUGGAGGAGAAGCUUGGAGCACUGGCUCCUGCCCAUGCUGUGGCUGGUUCUAUAGGCUCUUAUUUUGUUGGGAGGUACUCUUUCAAUAAGGAUUGCCUAGUUAUUCAAUGGUCUGGGGACAAUCCAAACAGCUUAGCAGGUUUGACCUUGAAUAGUCCUGGAGAUCUUGCAAUCAGUUUAGGCACCAGCGAUACUGCUUUUGGAAUUACCAAGGAGCUACGACCCGGCCUAGAAGGGCAUGUUUUACCUAACCCUGUUGAUCCAGGGUGCUACAUGGUGAUGCUCGUCUACAAGAAUGGUUCUCUAACAAGGGAAGAUGUACGCAAUCGUUGUGCUAAUAGCUCAUGGGAUACUUUCAACAAGUACUUGGAGCAGACUGCUCCACUAAAUGGUGGAAAGUUAGGGUUCUUCUUCAAGGAGCAUGAAAUUCUGCCUCCACUCCCAGUUGGAAUCCAUCGCUAUGUUAUUGAAAAUAUUGAGGCCGGAUCUGCGGAUGAGUCCAAGGAGCGUGAAGUAGAGGAAUUCGAUGCUCCUUCAGAGGUACGGGCAAUAAUUGAAGGCCAAUUUCUGUCAAUGCGAGCUCACACAGAGAGGUUUGGAAUGCCAACACCUCCAAAUCGGAUAAUUGCAACUGGUGGAGCAUCCGCAAAUAAAUGCAUUCUCAACUCAAUAGCUUCCAUUUUUGGAUGUGCUAUUUAUACAGUCGAAAGACCUGACUCAGCCUCGCUUGGUGCUGCCUUGAGGGCUGCUCAUGGUUGGCUGUGCAAGAAGCAGGGCUCCUUCGUGCCAUUCUCAUGCCUUUAUGAAAAUAAGUUAGAGAAAUCUUCUCUAAACCUCAGGCUCUUGACUGGCGCUGGUGAUAAAGACAUUGUUUCUAAGUACACCUUUAUGAUGAAGAAGAGGAUGCAAUUGGAGGAUCAACUAGUCAAAAAGUUCACGUGCAGAUGAAAUCGAACAGAUUUUAAGGUUAUAGGCACAAUAAAUUUAAUCUAUGGAAAUCAAUGUCUCUGACUGUUUACUGUGCUUCAUAAGUCUGCUUAGUGUUGAGCAGACAUGUCAGGGAGAAAGGCACUUUGUGCCCCUCUUAUGUUGGCUUCUUAAUAAGGCUAUAUGUACAUAUUUUUAGCUGGCUUAAUAAAGCUAUGGCGACACAUUUUGUAGUACUUUAAUCUUUUUAGUUAAUUCUGAAUUUCUGA